CAAUAGUCGGUGUGUACAGUUGGACAAUCGGUACCACGUGACCGUUUUCCUGGCUCGCGGUUGUGGCACAAAUCGUGAUUUUUUUUUCGAGGCUCUUUCUCUAUGGAUUAUAACGGGGAAAAACGGACAAAGACGAAUAUUUACGAAUCUUAAAAUUGGAUGUGUUAAAUUGUUUUGUUCUGGGGGUUCUUUCGGUAAUUGAGGAGCCGCCGUUUAGUUUUUACUACGGGGUUUGUUUACCACAUUUCAACUUGGUUGAGCCGUCGGAGAUGAGUGGUCCCGAGGUAGUGAAGACGCCGGGGGGUGGGGCUCCGGGGAAGGAAGGCAAGGAGCCUGUAGCAAAUGGGCAUCCAGGAGAGGGUGAUCAGGGAGGAGACGAUCCCUUUGCUGAGUACAUGUGGAUGGAGAACGAGGAUGUCUACAACAGACAGGUUGAAGAGGAGUUGUUGGAGCAGGAGUUCUUGGAGCGUUGUUUCCAGGAGAUGUUGGAUGAGGAGGACCAGGAUUGGUUCAUCCCGGCCAGGGACCUCCCCUCGGGGGUGGGCCAGAUCCAGCAGCAGCUUAACGGCCUGUCAGUCAGCGACGGAGGAAACGCAGAGGAGAUGGCGAGGAAGAGCAACUUGAACCCCGAUGCGAAGGAGUUCAUUCCAGGAGUGAAAUACUAGGAGUCCCCCUCACCCCCAGGGAGCGCCCACGCACACACGAUCUCACACACCCUCGCAGAGACUCUGGCGUCCUCAACCGGAACACACACACACACACACACACACACCGAACAACACACACAGGUCCAGGGCGUGUAGGUAGAAACCCAUAGGAGGGUGGGGGGACUUUUAUUUAGAUUUUCUGUUUGUUUGAUGGUUAACUAAUGGACAGGGUGGGGGGGGGGGGUGUCGGUAUGAAUAAAACCCUAUAGAGGGAGCUGCUGCUCCAUGUACACUGUAAAGGUAGCGUCUCAAAUUGCACGCUAUUCCCUAUGUAGUGCACUACUUUUGACCAGGGCCCAUGGGCUUGAGUCCAUAGGGAACAGGGUACCUUUUCGGGACGCACACCGAGACGUACAUAUACAGAGAAACUCUGAGAUUUUCCGACUUUUUCACGGUUGCCAUGUUGGCACCUAAAAGCUCCAUGAUAUUGCAACAGGCAAAUAGCAAAUGACACCCCGUUCCACCUUUUUAUUGUGCACUACCUGGUCCAAAGUAGUACACUACAUAGGGAAUAGGGUGCCAUUUUGAGAUCUGCAUUUAUACUUUUCAUGGCUGCCAUGUUUGUGCCGGAUUGUUCCACAACAUUACCAUUCUAAUUGGAAUCCAACUAAGAAUGUUCUUGUUGCUAUAGAAUGACCCGGCGCAAACAUGGAUGACAGACAGUUGUCCGUUCUAGAACUCUGUACAUCUACGUACCUCCGGUUACAAUAUGACAUCCUAAUGACUCUGUUCCAUUGGUCGUUUAUCAAUAAAACGUCACAAUACGCUGCAGAGUGUUCGAGUUGGCUGCUAGGGUGGGAAAGGAGACUCCCUAGCUCCGCUAAAACCGUUGACAACUGCGUGCCGUUUUCAAGGGAUUGUUAAAUAUUUGGUUGUAAUAUCAUCUCCUCUUGAAGCCCAGAGUCAAAAAUACAAACGUCAGAUUAUUCCACAUUUGUCUCUAUCAUCAGUUUAUAAAGUAACUGCAUGCUUUCCAUGAUCAGUAAACAUCAAUUGAUCAUGGAAUUUCAGAUACGCGAGGGUAGCCUCACGAUAAAUCUCAAUCUUGACCGCCAUUGAUUGGAUAUUUGAGUGAUAGAAAGGAGAGCUAUACCUGACAAGUAUGAACGGUUUAGGUUCAUUUCCCAUCUGUUGUGGGCUCUGCCUGUCAAGCAGCAGAAGGCCGCAUUUGCAGAUGUACUGUUAGCUGAUAAUGUUUACUUUGCUAGCUACUGGUAGACACUUUGUACAGUUGGCUAAACAUAUAGUGGUAAGUAGACCUAAUGUACUUUUUUUUUUUUUCUCCAAUCAACGUAGGCCUACCUAGCAACGUUAGCUAACAUUAUCCCCUUUACAACAUUGUUUUUAAGAGCGUUUUAAUCCCUAUUGCUGCUGACAGAAGUGAUAGAGAAUACAUUGAUUGAUGUACCACGUCAGUGUGGCUAGCUAACGGCAGAUUGCGUCAAUGUGGCUAGCUAACGGCAGAUUGCGUCAGUGUGGCUAGCUAACUUUCAGGGGAUAAACUAAACUAGAUGGCUAUAUCCAGAUAUCGUUUGAUUUGCUUGUCCUCUAGUGGUGGUGACCGUAGUCCACUUUACCAAGAUGAGGACUUGUCUAAGUCAAGCUCUUUCCACAAGCCUAAUCUCUGAUGAAGCAAGCUAAAUUAUGUUGUCUGGAAAUCUAUUUUGCUACAUGCCAAAUUAAUAGGCUACUCUCACGUAUCUAAAAGUACACGAUCAAUUGAUGUUUAUUGAUCAUGAAAGCAUGCAGUUACUUGCUGUAUAACUCUUGACUAUGCUCUUCAAGAGUUGAUGAAAACAGUUAUUUAACAAUCCCUAAAAUGGCACAUAGUUGUCAACGGUUUUAGCGGAGCUAGAGGUCUCCUUUCCCCCCCCUAGCAGCCAACUCGAACACUCUGCACUGUAUUGUGACGUUUUGAAUUGAUAACCACCUGCAGACCUGCCUAAAUUUCCUCUUAUUACAUCAUAAACACUCUCUGUGUAGAGCGGUUUUUAUUUCUCAUGGGUCUGGUUCCAAACCAGUUACUCCUCUCCUAUCCCCUAACCCCUUGUUGAUGAAAAGAUUGAGGUUCUAUCCCCCAUAUCAGAACCUGGAUCUGAAAGGUAGGGCUGUAUGGGGAGCAUUUGAGUUGUCACCCUUUUUGAUGGUUCAAAAGUGAACAAGGGUGUAGGGGUUAGGGUAUUUAGUGUUUGGAACGGGGCUGUUCUCUCUGGCUUGCAUCUCAAAUGGCACCCUGUUCCCCGUACAGUGUUCUACUUUUACCCAGAACCCAACGGGCUCAUGUCAAAAGUAGUGCACUAAAUAAGGAAUAGGGUUGGGUUUGGGAUGCGGCCUGUCUCCGUAAUGGAAGCAUCAUGUUGAACUCUGUUGGUUCAAUCGUGUUUAUAUAAACACCUGAUCAGGCUCUGUUUUAAAAUUUAAAUCUCAUUUAUUUUGUCUUUCGAGGAGCAAAGUUGUUUUGUCUCUCUUGGGUUGCCGUAGCCUGUGGUCAAAACGGGAAUUGGAAAUGAAUUCCAAAUGGCACCCAUAUUCCCUCGUAUAGUGCCCUACUUUUGAUCAGGGCCCAUGGGGCUCCCAAUGGUAGUGCACUACAUGGGCAAUAGGGUGCCAUUUUGAGGUUCAUACUAGUCUGUCUUUAGCUCAGUGUCUAGGGGAGGUUCUAAUGAAUGGGCGGGACUUGAGGUCAGGUUGACUAAUCACAGGCCACGUGCAUGCUGGGUCAACCAAUAAGAAUUGUCCGCCGAGUGGAUUUACAUAAAUCAUUUUUUUUUGUGUGAAUUUUGAGUUGGAAAGUCCUGACAACACAAAGUAUGAAUUUCAAUACAAAAAAAAAGAUUAAUAAAGAUGAAAAACUGCA